AUGGAUUUAAUUCAGUAUUCUUUGAUACUAUUCGUCUUUUUCGUCGACAGCGAUGCGGGAGGUCACGGAAAAAAACAUCAUGAUCACGUAAAGUUGCACAUUCCAGAAUUUAUUCACCAUGACCGCCACACAAAAGUAAUAACUAUUCAUCAUCAUCAUCACAAGCCUAAAAAGGAACAUCACCACCAUCAUCAUCAUCAUCAUCACCAACCAAAGCCACACAAGCCUCACGGUCAUCAUUACCAUCAUCAGAAAACGUCUACACACUCGGUUUCUAAGGGUCACUCUAGCCACCACGGACAUGGUGGACAUAGUGGACAUCAUGGCCAUCAUAAACAUCAUGGUCAUAACAGUCACGGCCAUCAUGGUCACCACGGCCAUGAGCAUAAGCAUCACGAUUCACCCUCUAUUAGCUACGAUCCGCCAUCAAUAAGCUAUGAUCAACCAAUUACAAAUUACGAACCACCUAAAUUUAACUACAAUACUGGCCCUUCAUAUUCAAGUGAUUAUGGUUCCUUCGUACCUUCAGUGCCAAAUAUCCCAAGUUCACCGCACCUACAUGGUGUAGUACAUACAGUUAAACAGGUUAAAAUAUUUGACUCUUUACCUGGUGCGGUACCUGGAACGCAAUCGGGAUUCGAAAAAACACCUUCUCAUGGCUACGAAGUAAAAGAAGAAGAAGACGAAGGCGAUGAUGAUGUAUACACGGCGGUUAACUCUUUAUCACAAACGUAUCCAUCAACUUAUGGAUAUGUAAGAAACGCUGCACCUACUUCAGGAAACGAUCAAUUCUCGACAUUCCAGCAAAGUACCGCUCAAGUUCCCAGUCACGAUCCUUUUGCAGAAAUAGAACAGCCGACUUCAUAUGGUAAUAUUGGAGGUGUUACUGGAUCAGCUGCAGCAUUUGCCACAUCAAUCCCAACUCACGGUGCUGCUUUGCCAAGUGUUCAACCAUCUCAAUUUGUUGGCAAUGAUAUAAGUGGAGCUACGGGUUUUGAUGACCCCGAUAAUAUAAUAAUAGGAGAUGUCAGUAGCACUGCUUAUCUGUCUCCUGAAGGUGAAGGUUUCAACGACGAUUCACCUACUUCGUUUAGUAGGGAAGCUGGUAUACAGCAAACCAUCAAAACAGGAGGCGUCGAAAGUUUUGUCUACUAA